AUGGAAGAAGUUGUUAAAAAGCCAAAGCAUAAGUCUCCUAGCACUAUUCGUUGUCGCAAAGCGCAUUCUCUCCGACAAAAACUUGAGCGCAAGAAGAAUAGACCAGCAAUAAACCAACGCUCCGUCAAACUUGCACAAUUGACUGAACUCUACGGACUACCUCCCGAAACAAAGUUUCUUUUUUUCAAGAAAGGUCAAACUACACCUACUCGCAUUCACUUUGGCACUGUCGUUUGCCUCGACGAAGACACCAGCGAACUCCUAUUAGUUGCACGCUUCGUCGAGCGGACUCCAACCAAUCUGGCUCUAUUCGAACGUUACAACCACGCUAUCUCUACAGUUUAUCAUCAUGCCAAGGCACGUGGAAUCGUCAAGACUAAUGGUGCUGCGAAGAAGGUCAAAGCGCACUUACGCAAGUACGGCAAGAUGCACGCAGCUGGAUUUAGGCCUGGAUACGAUCACAUUGCAAAAGCAGGACCUUAUGCGUUCAAUGCAACUACCAGUGGCCAGCUUUGGCGCAUGCAAGAAGAUCUUGAGCGCCAAGGGAACCUUCCAGCCAUCGAGGACUUCUAUGCUGAGCGCUUUGCGGGUUUAUCUUCAUAUGCUUUCAAUUCCAACGCCGAACUAGCUUCCAGAGUGGGGGUUCCAUCUUGGGCUGGAGAAUCCUUCUACGUCUCUCCCAACGCGCAAGUGUUCGCCUCGAACAUAGCCGUCACCUACGACGAGUUUUACAACGCCAAACAUACCGACUUAGAUGAAAGCAAGUACACUUUUGGUUUUUUUACACGCAUCAAUCGUCACACUGGGAAACUCUAUUCCCUCCGAAAUGACCCCUUUCAAGGCGAUUCUAAUGGAUCACAAUUCUUUUUGGACAACUACAAUGUGACGGUGGACUUUGACGCAUGCGAUGGCGUCGUUGAAAUGCUCUGGGCAUCUCAAACUGACCACCACACUUCUAACUCAAAGACGUUCAACAAAAAUAAUGUGAGAGUAAUCCCCGCGCGAGGCAGUAUCACUCGCUUUGGUUGUGCUUGCCAGAUAAACAAACGCCUGGUUGAGAGAAUUCAAGAGGUCAAUAACAUGCGCGGGGACUUGUGCGAUGAUUCCCGUAAAAAGUUGGUGCGCUUAGCUGAGAAGAAAGGAAUAGAUGACUUUGCCCUUGUUUUUCCCUAA